GAACCAGUUUGACUCUAGACGUAAACAAACAAACACCUGAAAAGGUAUCACAAGUCGAGGCGCCGGCUGAUAGCCAAUAAUGGAUACGUUAAAUAUAAAACCGUUAAGUAAGGAUUUAGAGUGGUCUCUUGAUGCACCCUUCGGUGCCAGCAUGGAGGCCACUGGUGCGGGUGGAGCUGACGCCUCUGCCGCACCUGUCGCAUGCACGUCGAGCGAGGAGAGCGCGCUACGCCGCGUUGUGGGUCGCUGGGGCGCCGAGUGGUUGAGCUGACUCGGCUCCGAGACCCGCGCUGCCGGCAGCUGGCCUGCCGACCACCCCCUGCCGCCUCCUCGGUGGGGGGCACCCCGCCCCGCCCUGCGACUCAGCCUCCGACAGUACGAGGACCUGGUCGCUAAGGCGGAGGCGCUGUUGAGCCGUCUCGUCGUCUCGGAAAAUUAUGACUCCAUCAAUAACUUCAUUUCCCUGUACGAUGCCUACAUGGCAGCCCCAGACGCGACUCUUCAGGAGUACUUCCAGAAGUACAACCCUCCAAUCCGUCCUCACAAGCACACAUGUGUUGGUCUGGCCAUGGAAGUCGAGAAGACGUUGAAGAUCUUAGAGAAAGACUUCCCUGGUAUCUCGAAAUCCAUGAUGAUUGUGUCAUGUGACGAGAACAUUCAAGAUCUGAUGGACUAUGCUACAUUCUGUCCUGGACCUCAAGGGUUCUUGAUCGAGACUGAGAAGGACCACGUGAUGCUUGCGAUCAACGUGAAGGUUGACGGAAGGCCUGGCAUGUUCCUGUCAGACCUGGGCUACCACAUCGCCCGCGUCGUCACUGUGAUGGUGGACCGUUGCUACCCUCACACUGGUUGGUUCACCCAAUCAGACGAGCCCCACUGCCGUAAGGAGUACAACUACCAGUUCAACGUGCAGAACAGCAACUACAUCGAGUGGCACGAACGAGAGACCAGGGGCACAGUGGUGAAGGAGCGACUCUCCCUCGUGUACGUCGCUAAGGCGUACCUCACUGCAGUCAAUGUCACGGAGAAGAGGAACAUCGUUUGGGACUUGAGGAGUCUUCUAGCCAGGGACCCCAAGGGUCGUUUGACCGCCGGUAUCUACUUCCCAAUCAAGAAGAAGGACCAGCAGUUCACUAUGUUCUUCGAUGCCAACAGCGGCAAGCAGAGGAAGAAACUUAAGUUCGACACAUUUUUGGAAUUGCAAAAGAUUCCAGAUGAGGUCGUAGAUGAGGUGGAACAGUGCAACGACCAGCUCCGUCUCCGUGAUGGUGAGCUGCUGUCUAUCCUGAACAAGCUGGCCACCAUCAUGUCUGAUGAGGAGUACAUGGUCGAACUCAUGGAAAUCAACGACAAAAUCGUCCAACUAUCUGCUGGAAACUAAGUUACGAAUUAUGGAAUAUCAUCAUUAUGCCCUGGGUCAUUACGUCUAAAGUCUCCUGACAAUCUCUGACAGAAAGACGUGUAAGGUCUGAACUUAGGCAGACCUUACAUUAGAACAAUACCAUCUUAUCAGAAUGACAUUAAGAGCUUUAGUUAGAUCAGAGGUUUCCAAACUUUUUGUACAACAAUUUCUACUUCAAAUUUAAAGGUUUACACUGUACCUUCUUUGUAUUUUCUAAGAUUGGGCACCUCUGUAUUGAUGGAGUUCUAAUAUUUCGAGUUUCUUGCAAUUUAUUACCAAUCGGAUAGUUUAGUAUCGAUUUAACAACAUCGUAGUGAUUACUAAUCGAGUGCAUGUAUCGAUUAGAUUAACAUGGCUUAGAAUAGUCACGAGUUUAUAGAGCUCGUUAGAAAAUUGGAUGUGACAUUAUCAUAUUUUCGCACUUCUUCAUAUAUUUGUUUUCUUGUAUUCUUUGUGGGGAUUUGAAUCUAGCUAGAUUGUUUUUUUAAAUUAUACCUUGAAGGCUUAUACUUACGUAUUAUAUUUGUUUAACUAACCUAGUAAGUGAUGGUCAUAGUAAGUCGUCAUCUCGUAAAACAUCAGCCAAUAUUCAAAUCCUUUACUAUUAUUUUAUUUAUUUAUUCAUGUAUUUAUUUUUAUUAUUCUCUCUUUCUAUAAUUCAUGUAGAUUUUUGUUUUUUUUUUGUAAUGGGUUGAAUUUAUUUUUAAUACAUUUUUCAUGUUCAUAAUAAAUUCAUGUUUUCUUCUGUACAUUUUAGAUAGACUUCGUAGUCGUGACGUAGUUUGAUAUAUUAUGACUUUGACGAGACACGGUUCAACAUGGGAAUAAUAAAAAUAUGAUAAAAAAUA